AUGGGUAUUGUGCUUCAAGUCAAGGAUGGCGGGGAAGCCACAUUCAACCAAAUUGCGGCGCUGCUUGAACGCAUGGAACGGGUGAAGGACCAGUGGGCGGCUCGCGCAGAAAGCGUGAGCCGAAGCUCGCAAGGAGCUCAGGGCCCUUCGUCGGCGCCCUCGGUGUCAGAAAGAGCGCCUCCAAACCAUCAAGCAGAAGCUUGGAGUCCCGCGGCACCGGGUCUUGUUCCCGUUCCCUUAGAUUCGCAGGCUUCGCAGGCGCCUUCCAGCGAUGAUGUCUGGCGUUUGGGAAGCCUGUCAGAGAAGGAAAAGAAGAAGAAACGCAAGGAGGUGAAAGAUAAGGACAAAGAGAGAGAGGGCGGAGGCCGGGAAGGCCGGGACGGAAGGGAAGUCGCAGAGACUGGUUUCCCUUCCGCUGUUUCGGAUUCUUUCACGCAAAGCGCUUGGCCAGAUUCGGGCGAAGCAUUUGCUGCUACUGACUUUGGCGCCCUUGGUGCUUGGGGGACGAACGCGGCGGCAAAUACGGCAUCUGGUUUCGAGUCGUGGGGGCGCGAGAGCUCCUUCCAGGCAGCCUUUGGACAGAGUCCACCCAGUGGGCCCGGCCUCAGCGGCCCCAGCGGCCAGGAGCCUUUCUUGGAGCAGACAGGCAAGCAAAAACAAGAAGGUCUUGACCGAACAAGCAACCAGAGUGUGGCUAUACCUCCAACAGCUAAUGUGGCAACUCCACAGGUCUUGGCACAGCCGGGUGGAGAAGCGGAUGCACCUUUCUUCGACAGCCAAAGCCAAACAGAGAUUAAAGGAAGCCAAAGCCAGAAGGGCCAGAACACACAGCAAACACAGCUGCCUCUUCCUCUUCAAGGCUCGCCUCUGCAAGGCUUUUCGAGGCCUUCAGGUAGCUCCAAAGCCAGCCUUUACAUCGAGCUUCCUUUUGGUUCCCUCCCGGACGACCACGAGGCCUUCAAGCACCUUUUUGUCCGAGCUGCGGCGGAGGCAACCAACAUCGCUCCAAGCCGCAUUCGGGUGCACGCAAUCCGCGUUCCGGACACGGCAACGGAGGUGCUCUGCUAUGAUCCCCGCACACGGCUGACAUCCCGCUUUGGUUCAGAUCUGAUUGACGUCGGCACUCACAAGUGGUCUGGCGGCGUCCUUGCAGGAGAUGGCAGGAUUUACUGCGUGCCGUGGACACAUCCACAGGUGCUGGUGAUCGACUGUGGCUCUGCCAGCGUUUUCUUUCUGGAGACCUCUGAGGGAACGGGCUGCACCGCAGCCUCCCUUUCCGAGCACAAGUGGAGAGACUGCUUGCUGGCUCCCGAUGGCUGCAUCUACUGCGUCCCCUGGACCGCCGAGGCGGUGCUCCGCAUUGAUGUAGUGGGAGGUCGUGCGACCUGCUUUGGAGAUCUGCCCCCUGGCGAGAGCAAGUGGGCAGGUGCCGCACUGGGCAGCGAUGGGCGGAUCUACUGCGCUCCCUACGACUCCCCAAGCGUUCUGUGCAUUGUGCCCGGACCGGCACCUACCGCCACUCUGCUGGGGAACUUGGGCCCGCUGCGCCGAAAGUGGCGUGGAGCCGUGGCUGCCAAGAACCUCAUCUACAUGAUCCCGUACAACGCGCUGGAAGUCUUGGUGGUCGAACCCUCAAAGGUUGAAAUGAAGCCUCCAGAGAUGGCUCCCGAGGUUCUGUCGAGCCUGGGCGAAGCACAAGCCACAGCGAGGGCCAUCGCGCGCUAUGGCGUAGACGCAGAUGACCACGAGGACGAGGACGGAGGACACCUCGAAGACUGA